CAAAUGAGGACCCUUAAUGAUGAAGAAGUGGAAGAAGUAGAGGACAUCCUUAGGGAGAGACAUCCUCUAUUCUUUAAUGGCAUCACAAUUUCAGAUAUUUUCCCACCAUUCCAGUAUAUUCCUUGAUUGAAUAAGGAUAAUUCCAAGCAGAAGCCGGACCAAGAGAAGAUUUUACCGAAAGAUAUUGAGCGGAGUGAUGACCCAAGUGGAUCAGUUAUUCAUUCAGAUGGAGAGAAUACUUCCAAGUCAUUCCAUAUCCUUGGAUUUGGAACAGUUGCAUACUUAGAUUUCCAUAGAUACCUAAUGAUCUUGUACGGAAUCAUUGUGGUACUACUUUUACCAUCUUUAACAAUAUUUUUAUUUUAUGGAGAUGGGAGAAGAGUUGGAAGCUCAAUAUUCACAAGAAUGACACUUGCAAACAUCGGAUUCACCAGUGCAUUAUGCAAAGAUGUUACAUUAGCAGUUGGAAAUCUAACCUUGACUUGUCCAACAGGCCAAAUCGGGGAAAUAGUCAGCUUUGGAAUCAUCCCUUCCGAAGGAGUUAUUAAUGAUGCUUGCCUCCCAAAUGAAGAAACUACAAGAUGAAAUAGUAUCAUUGAUUUUGAGAAAGUUCAAGCGAAUCUGGAAGCUAGAUGUGUAGGAAAGCCAUACUGAACCAUUGAUGUCUUCAAACAGAUAUCAACAACAGGCCCUGAAGAAUGAGUCAGCUCAUAUGCUCAGUUCUAUACCCAGGUUUAUUGAGAGCUUCCCAAGAGCGAGGUUGGAGACAGGGAUAUUCUAAGUAUUUGGUUCAGCGUGCAGAUUUUACUUACUACAUUAGCUUAUAUAGGAUUUCUCUUCUUCCUCAGAAAGAGAACAUCACAAGAGUAUACUGAGUGGGAUGCCCAAACAACGACUCUCUCUGAUUAUUCCAUGCACUACAGUAUUCCUGAAGCUAUAUUUAAUGAUUAUAAGGAGAGAGUAUAUCGAGAUAAGAGGAUCAAUCCAGAUUUGAAGGAAGAUAUCCCAUCUCACAGAGAUCAGGAGAUAAACACACGGGAUUAUGAAGAAGAAAAUCUCCUUUUUGGUUUUAAGCUAUUUCUGAAAAACGAGUUUGAGAGAAUUCUUAAAGAGCAGCAGGCUAUAAAAUACGAUGACGACGACCUUGUCACCAUAUCACACAUUCAUCUAGGAUUUGACCAUACUUAUCUCCACUCCUUGCUUCAGGACAGAGGAUCUGCAAUUAAGAAAGGUAAAGUUGAGAAAAAGGAAAAUAUCGAGAAGAAAAUUGUCGAUUAUAUCACUGAAAAUAAAGUUUAUCUUUCCACACCAAGAGAUGCUUAUAUCAUUUUUGAGACUGAAGAGAGUUACCAUAGAGCAAUGAAGUUCACAUCAAUAAAGAAAUGUGGCUCUGAGCUGCCGACUACUCAAUGGAGAGGGACUAAUCUGAUCUUUAGUAGUGCGAAAGAACCUUCAAAUAUAUCCUUUGAGAGCAAGUUUAAGAGCAGGGCUGUCUUUAUUGGAAAAGUCAUUAUGGUCGCUAUCAUACUCGUCAUUGCCUUACUGACAACAUGUUAUCUUAUUUUCUUCUUCCAGGACCGAAUCAACAGAUUAAACAGACAGUAUCCUGAAGUCAAUUGAAAUGCUGUGGUUGCUGAUUCUACUCCAGAGAUGCUGAAUGAUUAUGCAAUGUUAGAGUACUUUCACUAUGAGUCAUCAGAUAAAAGUGAUGAAACAAUUCUGAUGCUCAACACUGAUAACCUACAAUGCUUCUGUGAUAACUUGAGGGACGAUAUUGGGUAUUUAGAUGCUUAUAACAAGGAGUUCAAUAUACAAGUUUUAGGGCAUGAUAUAAAUGGGAAAGUCUGUAAUGACUAUCUUCAAUCUGCAAUCUUUAUAAAGGCAACAGCAGUUAUUCUCCCAGUAAUGAUUAUCAUCUUCAAUGUUGUCUUAAAGAUGCUAGCUAUUAAUCUUGUGUACUGGCUACAUAUCGAGAAUAGAACAGUAAAUAUUGCUAUAAUUCAGAGUGUCGUAUUCAUUCUGAUGUUCUUUAACAGUGCCCUGGCUAUUCUUCUUAUUAACGCCAACAUAGAAGGCUUCAACGAUGAUGGUGUCUUUUUCAAUGGUCUUUACUCUGAUUUUAGUGAUGAUUGGUUUGAUAAAAUAUCAAUGUUCUUUAUUUCACCAAUGUUUGCACAAUUGGUGUUCCCGAUCAAUGCCUUCUUACCUGGAUACAUUAUUCAAAAAGUAUUAGCAAUGCUGGAUAGAAAUUUUUCUGAUAAAAAGUUGUAUAAGACAAAGUGUAAUCUCGCAUAUGAUUAUGCAGAUCUGAACUCUGGUACUGAACACCUACUCUAUGAAAAAUAUCCUAGACUGCUUAAUAUCAUUUUCGUUUCGAGUUUUUAUGGGUUUGGACUGCCACUAUUACCAAUUUUAAUCUUUGUUUGCUUGAUUAUUUCUUACUUUAUUGACAAGAUAGUGAUUGCCCUUUAUCAUCGGAAGCCACCUCUAUAUGAUGACACUUUGAAUGUAGUUAGUAUCCACCUCUUGAAAUGGGCUGCUUUCUUCUAUAUUGCUAUUGCAUUCUGGAUGCUGACUAACAAACAGAUCUUUGGGAAUGACUUAAAGCCAAUUGCCUACCAGGCCCAGAUAGAGUACUACGAUCAUUAUAUUCUAGAAGUGCCAGAUACCUACCAAGAAUGUGUUGUUCUAGCUGUGGCGUUGCUAAUCCUUGGUUUUCUGAUUGUAGACCUUAUCUACAGGCUCUUCUAUCCUCUUUAUGAGACCACUAACCAGGAAGAAAUUGAAGAAUUUGAAGACCUCCCAGUAUUCUCAAAAGCUUUGAAUGUGAAAAACCUUGAUUUCUGGGUCAAUGAGGAAAAGCAAAUCCGUGAGAAAUAUGGAUACAAAUACCUCUUUGACGAAUUUUAUCAUAAGAUUAAAGAGAGGUACAACUCUGCUACAGAGAGGAAGAAUUUAAGAGUGAAACACACAAGCCAUAAAGAACAUAUUUCUGAUGCUACGAACUAUGACUUACUAUAUAUGAACAACUAUUCCCAUAAAUAUGCUUAUAUCCCUGCUUCUCAGAGAAGAGGCCAGACUAUUGACAACGAUUCUAACUUUACAAGAAGGGUUUUAGACUUUCCAUACCACCAGGAUACCCAGAUUUCCUUCUAUGACCCUGGGCAUGCAUUUACUAAUAAUAGUUGCAGAGGAGAGGAGACCAAGGAACAGCCUCUAAAGAAGUUGAUUACUCAUGUCGUGGUUUAGUGUAAAAAUUGCGAUUUAAAACCAAAUUAUUUAGAAA